GUGGGAUUGGGCAGUCUUUUUCGAAUUUUUGAUUUUUUUUUUUUUUAAUCAAAAUUAAUUAUUUUUUUGAUUAGGAGACUUCCAUUUUUGGAUCUGUCCGAUCUUUCCCACUUGUGUGCCGCCUGCCUACCUGUUCCUCCCCCUCCAGUCCGGGUACUGGGCCAGUCCAUCUGAUUGGCCCACGGGUGACUCUUCACACUUCGGGCACGACAGUGCAUGCCACUGCUCACUCGAUCACAAACCAAGGCCAUGGACCGGAAGGCGGGAGAAUCCCUCCUGGCCUACGAGGAACGCCUGGCUGCAUUCAUCGAGGAGGCCAAUGAUAGGGCCGCCACCACGGCCAAGGAACGUAAGUGGAUCGAGCAAGAAGAGGAGGCCAAGCGACAACAGGAGGAACAGGACCAACUUCAUCAAGAGGAGGCAGACCUGCAGGCUGCAGCUGAACACCGGUCACGCCAGCGGGAACAAUUGUUCACGCGGGAGACCGUGAUCGGCGAUGAGACCACACAUUGGGUGGAAAUGGCAUCUCCGGACGAGGCCUCGGAGACAGACAAAGGGCUGUCAGCCGUUGUGCAGAUCUUCCACGACCUCAUGGCCACCUGCGCUCUGCAGCAUGAGGAAAUCCUUCACCUGCAGCAGACAGUGGACCAGAUGUUUGUACGGCUGCAGGCGUUGGAGAAACAGCCAGUUGCUGCAGCAGCCGCAGGGCCUUCCAACCUUGCCACCCGUGUUCAAGUUUUGGAGGAUGAUGUCAAUAACAUCAAGCGCGUGCAUCAGGACUUCCGGACGUCACAGCAAGCAACAAACUUGCAGUUGGAGACGCAGGUCCAGGCUGCUGCUACCGUGACGCCCACGGCCGCAUCCUCCCGACGCCCACCCAAACUGGAUGACCUUCCAGUUUUCUGCGAUCAGUCCAAGACGGACCCGAUCCCGUGGUGGCGCCAGUUCACUCUCAGGCUCGACAUGCACCAUGUCCUGAACAACGAUCGACAUGCGUGCUUGUACCACCGAUCUGGUGGUGCAUGUCAAGCAUGGCUGGACAACAUAUUGACCAGCCACGGCGUAGCAGUGUCGGAACUGCACACCAAGCUCACUUGGCAGGAGCUGACUGACGCCUGGCACAAGCGAUUCCAAGUGGAGCCGCCCGACUUGCAGGCGAUGGAGAAGUUAAACAAGCUCCAUCAGAACUCGCUCCUUAGCCAGGACUGGAUUACCGAGUUCCAAAGACUCGCCUCCACACCCGACCUGCCGCUCGCAUUCCGCGGCAUCAAGCACUUGUUCAUCAUGCGCUCGUGUCCAGCCCUGCAAAACGCGCUGACGCAAAUUGCAGAGACACUCAACACGUCGGACAAGCUUUUCAGCACAGCGUCACGGAUCAUUCUCAGGAAUGUAGAAGCCCGCAACGCCGUCCGAUCUUCCGCGACGUCGAGCAACAACCAGCCCAAGCCAAAGGUGGCUUGCAUUACGGAGACUUCGCCAACUUCUUCUACCGAGGCUGCAACACCAAACGAGGGUGACGUGUUGGCAGCUUCCCGGGAUGCCCGGUACAAAGCCAACCACGACAAAUGCGAGUUUGUCCGACAAGAGCUUGAAUACUUGGGUCAUCUUGUACCCCCGGAAGGCAUUCGUCCGUUGGGGGACAAGAUUCAAGCCAUCCGCGACAAAUGCGAGUUUGUCCAGCAAGAGCUUGAAUACUUAGGUCAGCUUGUACGCCCGAAAGGCAUUCGUCCGUUGGCAGACAAGAUUCAAGCCAACCGCGACAGAUGCGAGUUUGUCCGGCAAGAGCUUGAAUACUUGGGUCAUCUUGUACCCCCGAGCAUUCGUCCGUUGGCGGACAAGAUUCAAGCCACCCAGGAGUGGCCCGAGCCGAAGAAUGUGACGGACGUCCGAUGCUUGCUCGGCUUGGCCGGUUAUUAUCAGCGCUUCAUGAAGGGUUACUCGAAGAUCGCGGCCAACCUAAGCAAGCUACAAAGCGAGGAGCGACCUUUUGACUUCGACGACGAUGCGCGCCAUUCUUUUGAAACACUCAAAGCGGCACUAUUGUCCGCUGAAGUGUUACACAUUUACGACCCACUCCUAGCUACGCGCGUCACCGCCGAUGCAUCUGGCUAUGGCAUUGGGGCCGUCCUUGAGCAGCACGAUGGCACGGACUGGCACUCGGUCGAGUACUUUAGCAAGAAAGUGCCUCCCGCCCAUUCGAUCGACGACACACGAAAGAAGGAGCUUCUUGCCUUCGUCCACGCCCUCAAGCGUUGGCGACAUUUCCUCCUUGGUCGGAAAGCAUUCCGAUGGGUAACGGAUAACAAUCCGUUGGUAUUCUACAAGUCACAAGACACGAUUAAUAGUACCAUUGCCCGUUGGAUGACUUUCAUCGACCAGUUUGACUUUUUCCCCAAUCACAUUCCCAGGAAGUCGAACCGUUUUGCGGACACCCUCUCACGACAACCGGAUCUUUGCACCGCAGUCUACUCUACCUUCGAGAUCGACGACGACUUGCGGGAAAGUUUUAUCCGCGGCUAUCGCGCCGACCCCGACUUUCGCGACAAGUACGCGAAUUGCUCCUCUCAGAAUCCGGUGCCUUCGCAUCAUCGGAUCCAAGAGGGCUACUUCCUUGUGCAUUCAAGGGCACCGGAGUUAGCCGAGGUCUUAUACACCGGUUGGAUUCGCUCCAAGGGCUACCCCAAGGAGAUCAUUUGCGACCGGGAAACUCACUUUCUCUCCGACUUUUGGGUCGCCGUCAUCAAGCGAUGGGGCUCAUCUUUGAAGCCGAGUUCGGCUCGCCACCUGCAAACCGAUGGUCAAACGGAAAGGAUGCAUCAGACUGCCCAAGUCCUUCUACGCACUCUCAUCCAUCCUGACCAGGUUGAUUGGGCUGAGCGAUUGCCAAACGUCGAGUUCGCUUACAACUCAUCGAUCCAUCCGGCUAUUGGGAUGUCGCCAUUCGAGUUUGAGCAUGGUUCACCCAUCUCAUCGCCGCUGGACGCCAUUUUGCCGCGCACAGCCGAGAGCGACGACCAUCUUGCAUUCCUUCGUCGCAUGCAAGAGCUCCUUGUCAAGGCACGGAAUCACAUGUCAAAGACACAAAUACAUAUGAGUUGUCAAGCCAACCACAAUCGUCUCCCUUGCCCGUUCCGCGCCAGCGAUCUGGUUUGGGUCUCCGCCGCGGAGUUCAGCCUUGAACAAGACAUCUCUCGCAAGCUCCUUCCCAAGUGGAUGGGGCCUUGGCGCAUUCUCUCUGCAGUUGGUGAUGAUCCCCAAGGGCCUUCAUUCCGCAUCGCGGUGCCACCUCACUUGCCCGUCCACCCGGUGUUCCACUGUUCCAAAUUCGCUCCUUUUGCUUCAGCGGAGUCCGACGAGUUUCCCGGCCGACGUACGCAAGACCCUCCUUCCAUGGACGGAUGUCAUGAGGCCGGCUAUAUCAUCACCGAGUGGCGCCAUGGCAACAAAGAGACGGAGUUUCUACUUCACGUCUCCUACUGCAGCCACAAGGUUGACCGUUGGCUGACGCGUUCGGAACUGCAGGCCACAGCUCCCACCGUUCUCUCACGUUAUCUUAGCAAAGGGAAGACUACGCCGAGCACUCCAGCUCCUCGCCAUCCUCGCUACAUUCCGCCAUCGGAUCGGCAGCUUCGCCCGCGCCCCGGCUCGUCUUCAUAAGGAGGGGGGCGUGUUACAUGCUGAGAGCCUACACACGGGCCCCUCACAUGACCCGAGGUAGGAAUAGGGCCCCCAGGUCGCGUCACCGCAACCUGAAGGCCCUAUGGCAUUUUUACUUGGGCCUGCAUCAGAAAAACGCUAGCUUUAGAUUAUUUUUAUAUUUUUUUAUUUAUUUAUUGCUGCUGUUUUCUAACCUGUGUGCUGUUGUCCGUUUGUGGCCAGGUACACGUUUUGGGCCAAGGCCAGAUUCAGGCCCAGAGGCUGAGCCUCUAAAAACGUUUGGACCUUUUNUGUGUGCUGUUGUCCGUUUGUGGCCAGGUACACGUUUUGGGCCAAGGCCAGAUUCAGGCCCAGAGGCUGAGCCUCUAAAAACGU